AUGAUCAACCUGACAACCAGCAGCUCCAUGAGCAAAAACACUUCAGUUAAUAACGAACACAGGGUUGGAAAAACUGACAUGAAACCGGAGCAGAACAGCCAUCCCAAAAAGAAACCGGAGCAGAAUGAGGAACCGAAGCAGAACUGCCAUCUAAACAAGAAACAGGAGCAGAACGAGGAACCGAAGCAGAACGAGGAACCAAAGCAGAACUGCCAUCUAAACGAGGAACCAGAGCAGAACUGCCAUCUAAACGAGGAACCAGAGCAGAACUGCCAUUCAGACAAGGAACCGAAGCAGAACUGCCAUCUAAACGAGGAACCAGAGCAGAACUGCCAUCUAAACGAGGAACCAGAGCAGAACUGCCAUCUAAACGAGGAACCAAAGCAGAACUGCCAUCUAAACGAGGAACCAGAGCAGAACUGCCAUCUAAACGAGGAACCAGAGCAGAACUGCCAUCUAAACGAGGAACCAGAGCAGAACUGCCAUCUAAACGAGGAACCAGAGCAGAACUGCCAUCUAAACGAGGAACCAGAGCAGAACUGCCAUCUAAACGAGGAACCAGAGCAGAACAGCCAUCCCAAUAAGAAACCGGAGCAGAAUGAGGAACCGAAGCAGAACGAGGAACCGAAGCAGAACUGCCAUCUAAACAAGAAACCGGAGCAGAACGAGGAACCGAAGCAGAACUGCCAUCUAAACGAGGAACCAGAGCAGAACUGCCAUCUAAACGAGGAACCAGAGCAGAACUGCCAUUCAAACAAGGAACCGAAGCAGAACUGCCAUCUAAACGAGGAACCAGAGCAGAACUGCCAUCUAAACGAGGAACCAGAGCAGAACUGCCAUCUAAACGAGGAACCAAAGCAGAACUGCCAUCUAAACGAGGAACCAGAGCAGAACUGCCAUCUAAACGAGGAACCAGAGCAGAACUGCCAUCUAAACGAGGAACCAGAGCAGAACUGCCAUCUAAACGAGGAACCAGAGCAGAACUGCCAUCUAAACGAGGAACCAAAGCAGAACUGCCAUCUAAACGAGGAACCAGAGCAGAACUGCCAUCUAAACGAGGAACCAGAGCAGAACUGCCAUCUAAACGAGGAACCAGAGCAGAACUGCCAUCUAAACAAGAAACAGGAGCAGAACGAGGAACCGAAGCAGAACGAGGAACCAAAGCAGAACUGCCAUCUAAACGAGGAACCAAAGCAGAACUGCCAUCUAAACGAGGAACCGAAGCAGAACUGCCAUCUAAACGAGGAACCAGAGCAGAACUGCCAUCUAAACGAGGAACCAGAGCAGAACAGCCAUCCCAAUAAGAAACCGGAGCAGAAUGAGGAACCGAAGCAGAACGAGGAACCAAAGCAGAACUGCCAUCUAAACGAGGAACCAGAGCAGAACUGCCAUCUAAACGAGGAACCAGAGCAGAACUGCCAUCUAAACGAGGAACCAGAGCAGAACAGCCAUCCCAAUAAGAAACCGGAGCAGAAUGAGGAACCGAAGCAGAACGAGGAACCGAAGCAGAACUGCCAUCUAAACAAGAAACCGGAGCAGAACGAGGAACCGAAGCAGAACUGCCAUCUAAACGAGGAACCAGAGCAGAACUGCCAUCUAAACGAGGAACCAGAGCAGAACUGCCAUUCAAACAAGGAACCGAAGCAGAACUGCCAUCUAAACAAGAAACAGGAGCAGAACGAGGAACCGAAGCAGAACUGCCAUCUAAACAAGAAACAGGAGCAGAACGAGGAACCGCAGCAGAACUGCCAUCUAAACAAGGAACCGGAGCAGAACUGCCAUCUAAACAAGGAACCGGAGCAGAACUGCCAUCCCAAAGAGGAACCGGAGCAGAACAACGAACUGGAGAAGAACUGCCAUUCAAACGAGGAACCGGAGAAGAAAGAGGAACCAGAAACUGCCAUCUAA